CCUCCAGUGGUUUAACUUACAAGGAUACAAAGAUCUUUAUUGUCAUCUCACCACAGUUACAUUCAUGCUUUUCAGUUCAAAUAUGACAUAUAAUGACAUGAAAUUGCAUUUCUCAGGGCUUUGUUGAUAAGGUAGCAUAGGUGGAUGUAUUCAUGUUUUCACAAGGAUGGUCUCAUGGACUUCAGCAGAUGAUGAAAUUUACCUCUCAUGGACCUGCUAAGCUGUUGCAGCUGUUGCAGAUGCAGAAAGUAUAAAUUAAGCUUUAUUUUGAGGUGAGACAGACUUGAAACUUUCAACUGGAGAGGGAACUGAAACAUUGCUUUCCUUCCUGUUGUUAAGUCACUUCCAAAAUUAUCUUAUGUUUGCUGUAACAGGUGGUCUGAGUAGGCAGAAGCACAAAUACAAUUUCAUGCCAGAAUGAGCACCAAAAUUGCGCCGCCUUGCCUGAUCAGCAUAAACAAAGCCAUAGCUCAGCCUCUCCUCCCACGCCGGAGCAAGCACAUUUGGUUGGGGACAGAACAGAAAAUAGAGUACAGGUUGAUGAAAAUUGCAUAACGACUGCGUUUGCCCUGCCACCAACAGGAAAAUAGGGCCUAAUAACUCAGGGGUGGCCCAUGGCAUAAGCCACAUAGGCGGUCGCCAAACAAGGGAGGAGGCACCAAAUGAGUGGGACAUGUUUUUCUUUUGGUUUUUUCUUACCAACAGGUGUGCUUGCUUCUUUACAGCUUUUGGAAUUAAGCACUUGUUCUCCCUUCUUGAUGUUUUUCCUCUUUUUCCCCAUUGACUUACAUUGGUUUUCAUCUGGUUUGAUUUUUAAAGCCUUACUGGUUGGUCAGUUUUCGCCUGACGGCUACUGAACUUCAUGCGUCACCAAACACUUGAUUAACUUGACCCCCCCCCCCCCUCUUUGCCUUUUCGUCUGGAGGAUUGGGAGGACUUUGUCUGGACUGGAGCCACCGUCCAGGAGCUGUUCUCCGUGGCUCGAGAUGCCAGCAUCAUCCCAGAUAUCUCCUUGGAUCCUGUCCUCACCACCUUCCUGUCGCUGGAGUCCUCGGCAGCACUGCGGCAUCAAUAUGCUUUCUUACAGCGAAGCAUGAGCUCGGAGCAGCAGACUGCAUUCAACCUCAGUCUGACUGGUGAGCUGGGAGGCAGCAGGGUCACCUGUGGAGGAGUGGGGGUUGUUGCUCUGGCUCUGUCUGUGCUUUUUGAGCAAAUUUUCCAACAAGUCCGAGGAUCAACAGAGGGGAGGCUAUCAACCCAGAGAUCCCAGGCUAACAAGAUUUUUGGCAUCAGCAGCUCUUCAAGAAUCGGCUGGAUUAUCCAAGAUUACCUCCGCCUGGUCCCCGGCAUUGCCAACAACCAGGAUAAGAUGGCUGAGACCACAGAGCUCUAUGACAACUGGCUGAAACGUGAGCUGCUUGACCAUUAUGAGAGAAUGACCACUAAGAAGAGGAUGAGUUCAGUGUCCAUGCAGCAGUGGCUGACGGGGGCUGCAGUUCAUCUGCACAUGAGAAUCCACCAGGUUCGGCUUCACUCUGUGCCGUUUGGGUCAGCUGAGUCAUUGCGUCUGUCUUAUAAGUCAAGUUUAGCUGGCCUGGUUCAGGACUACGCAAACUAUCUUCGCAGAAACAUUAAGGAAACCGGAGCUCCAAGACUACGGAAACCCAAAACCAGGACCAACAGUGGACCAAGACAAACUAGAGCUAACAUAUCCAGCCUAACCAAUAGCUCCUGUUCAAGUUACCGCCUCUUAAAUGUUAGCCUAGUUAGUCCAAGUAAUUCAACUGACAGAUUUAAUGAGACUAUCACACCCAAUUCAACAGCUGAAAUGAGCAGAAUUUGUAAAACAGGUACAUCCAAUGAAGACUUUGGACUUAAUGUGACAGAAGGAGGUGAUGAAACCACUGUAGGUAUGAUGAGCAGAAAGACACUCAAUGUUUCUACUGCAUAUAGUAGAGAUGAGGGAGCUGGCAUGUUGGGUUUGUUGGUCAUUGAACCUUUGAGGAAUGUGAGUCACAACGUGCGGCAUCACCCCUGUGAGUCUCCAGCCAUACAACAAGCUUUGGUGUCUCGUAUUAUUAAUGCUCAGGACCUGGACCGAAACAGAAACUUUUUCCUGUAUCCCGAGAAAGUCAUUCACAACCUACUGAGGCAGAACGAUGACUUUGAGCUUAAGACAGCUUAGACAGAAGUGAAUAAUGUCCAACUAAAUCUUCAGACCCACAACUGAACUAAAUAUGGUACUGUUUAACAAAUUACAAUGUGCAUCCUCAUCAGUCACUUUUAAUUCCUUAUUCUCUGUCAGUCAUUAUGAAAGUGGGUGUCAUAUGAAAGGGUAUGAUGAUCAGUAUCCUAAUACUUAAACAUUUGCACAAAAUGUUUAAAGGAAUAGUUCAAUAUUAGAUGAGAAGAUCUAUACAACUCUGGGUUUGCUUAGCUUUGCACAAAGACUGGAAACAAGGGGGAAAAACUAGCCUGGCUCUUUCUGAAGGUAACAAAAUUUGCCGACCAGCACCUCUGGUUUUGCAGUUUUCAGGUGUUAUGUGACAGACUAUUUCUUGGCAUUGAACAGUGACCAAAGUC